AAAGUACAUCACCUAUGCAACUGUAUACCAGCUCGUCGUAUCUGGAGACUCAUGGGUUUGUGGUAUAUCAGUGGCCAUGCCCGCGACAUCAAAUACAAUAGGUACUAUAUGGUCUAGCCACGGGCUUACUCGUUUUCCAUGCCUCACUGCCUUGUUUCUAAGGGACAUUCAUGGCACUGAUGGGCACCGUGUUGGCCGAUAUAGUCCUCAUCAUCGCAACGUGGGUAUGCACAUUCCACUGUGUCAGAAUCCAACGGAGAACGCGACUAUGGUCGCGUUCAUCGCUUGGCUUCUAUUCAGAGAUGGAAAUGUCUACUUCCUUGCGAUGUUUUCUCUCAAUACCGUCGUUUGUGUAAUUGGCAUGUGGUCCGACAAUCUUAGCUGGCUUGGUGAUCUGAACUUUCCCCUCCAACUGGUCCUGGUGACUCGGCUUUUGAUCAAUUUGCGCGAGUUGUCCCGGUCUGGGGAUGACAUCAUUAUAGGAUCUCAGAGCACAUCCGCUGGGAGCCAUGGGCCUUCUGAUCCUGCCAUCGAAGUUUCGACAGUUAGGUUCCAUGACGGUAGCACUCUCAGAGACGAGGAAGAAACACGUGACAAUCAAACGGAGACAGGAGGCAACGACGCCACUGAUGACACCCCCAGAUGGUUGCCAGCUACAGCAUAGCUGUUGCGACCUAAGGAGCGGAUAACAAGAGGUCUUUGUGCUAUGUAUGGAGUGAAAAAUACACACGCCUUCGUCGUAGUCCCUUGUGAUCGUAAUAUACAUUGCAAAGAUGCUGUGUAUAACUUAGCGUGUAGAAGAACAAGAACGAAAGCGACGU